GUUGAAGACAAACAAACAAACAGCACAGAAAAAAAAUUUUUCUACUAUUCAAUCUUGAGCAAAAUGGCGAAUUCUACGCUUUGUAUUCUGGGCUGCGGCAACUUGGGCGGCGCUAUUCUGAAGAGCUUGGUCGAUGGUCCCAAAGACAAAGAGGGGAGCGCGCCUUUCACCCGGUUCAUCGCCUGUGUCCGGAGUCAAGAAUCCGAGGCGCGAUUGAGUGCGAAAUUCUCCAACCAUUCGCAAAGCUUGACGAUUGCCCGAGACAACAUCAAGGCUGUUCAAGAGGCGGAUGUUGUAGUUUUGGGUGUGGACCCCGCUGUCGUUGAAAAGGUGCUAUCAACUCCUGGCCUCAGCGAGGCCUUAUCGAACAAGCUCCUCAUCAGCGUCGCUGCUGGCUGGACCCGGCAGAGGCUUGAGACCACCCUGUAUGGUAGUCCGACGACAAGCAGCAAUGCCGAAGGUCGGGCGUGGGUGGUGCGCACGUUGCCGAAUAUCGCUGCAUCAGUCUCGCAGGGUCUCACAGCCAUUGAGAUCUCAGAUCCAGAGGUUCCCGAACACUACCAGAAGAUCACAGAUGCGGUCUUUGAAAACCUGGGAAAGACAGUCCACAUCCCUCCAACUCUGAUGGAUGCAACGACGGCGGUGGCCGGAUCAACUCCCGCAUUCUUUGCCGUGAUCGUCGACGCGAUGAUUGAUGCCUCCGUGGCGGUUGGCGUGCCGAGGGACCUGGCACGGACCAUGAUAGUUCAGGCGAUGACCGGAAGCGCAGCCCUUAUGCAAAAUGGAAUGCAUCCGGCCGUCCUGAGAGAUCAGGGUACGUCGCCUGAAGGGUGUACCAUUGGAGGUUUGAUGGUUAUGGAGGAGGCCGGGGUGCGCGGUCAUAUCGGGAGAGCCUUACGAGAAGCCCCACACUACACACGAGGCUCUCCCGAGCGCGCCAAGGUAGAAGCAGCCUUGAAGGAGCUCCGGUCUCAACUCCCCGUCAAGAGUGAAGUCUACUACAACGGUGUGGCACAGAAUGUCUCCAAGUCGGUGGAUCAACCGAUGCCUUCAGAGCAUGCUACUACCUUCACCAACUACCCCCUUGCCUCCAAGGAGCAGGUCGCUGCUUCCAUAGAAUCGGCUCUCAAGGCCAAGAAGAGCUGGGAGGAGACUCCCUUCGUCGAUCGCGCAUCGAUCUUCAUGAAGGCGGCCGAGUUGGCCACGGGCAAAUACCGGUAUGAGUUGAUUGCUGCGACCAUGCUGGGUCAGGGAAAGAAUGUCUGGCAGGGUGAGAUCGAUGCCGCGGCCGAGUUGGCAGACUUCUUCCGUCAGAACUGCAACUGGGCGGCGGAAUUGAUGGAGAAGCAGCCCACCCGGGGCACUGAUGGCAUGUGGAGCCGCAUGGAAUACCGAGCCCUUGAGGGAUUCGUGUACGCUGUCUCACCCUUCAACUUCACCGCAUUGGGUGGCAGCUUGGUCUCGGCUCCGGCCUUGAUGGGUAACGUGGUCGUGUGGAAGCCCUCGCCAUCCGGCAUCUACGCUAGCAACUUGGUUUACAAGAUUCUGCUCGAGGCUGGUCUGCCUCCAGAUGUUGUGCAGUUUGUGCCCGGUGAUGCCGAAGAGGUCACCAGCGUGGCUCUCUCUCACCGCGACUUUGCUGGCUUGAACUUCAUCGGCUCGUCCGACGUCUUCCGUAGCAUCUAUGGCAAGAUCGGCGAGGGUAUCGCGAACAAGACCUACCGGGAGUUCCCUCGUGUGGUCGGCGAGACCAGCGGCAAGAACUUCCACCUCAUCCACAACACCGCGGACAUCACCAGCGCGGUCAACCACACCAUCCGCGGUGCUUUCGAGUACCAAGGCCAGAAGUGCUCGGCCACUUCCCGUGUUUACCUCCCUGAGAGCCGUGCCGAGGAGUUCUUGACGGCUCUGAAGGCUGGUGUCAAGGAAAUCACCAUCGGCAGCCCCGACAAGGACUUUGAGGCCUUCAUGGGCCCUGUCAUCCACCGCAACUCCUUCAACAAGAUUAAGUCGAUCAUCGAUGCCAGCAACAAGGACCCCAACCUCACCUUACUGGCUGGUGGUACCUACGAUGACUCGGUUGGCUACUACGUGAACCCCACUGUCUACCAGGCCCACACUCUCGACCACUCCCUGUUCAACCAGGAGAUCUUCGGACCCGUCUUGGCCAUCUAUGUCUACCCUGACUCCGAGUGGAGCUCUAUCCUGAAGACGGCCGAUCAGCAGGGUGGCGGCUUCGCGCUCACCGGUGCUGUCUUCGCCAAGGAUCGCCGUGUGAUCCGUGAAGCUGAGGAUGCUCUGCGCUACUCCGCUGGUAACUUCUACAUCAACUGCAAGACCACUGCCGCUCUGAUCGGACAACAGUCCUUCGGUGGUUCUCGUGCCAGUGGUACCAACGACAAGGCUGGUAGCUCCGACAACUUGCGCCGCUUCACCAGCCCCAGAAUGAUCAAGGAGGAGUUCUUCCCCAUUGAUGGCUUCACCUACCCUAGCAACCACUAGAAACUGUCAUGACUCCAUGAAUUUCAAUCUUAUGAAGGGAAAGAUGUAUAUAUAGUUUAGAUCGUUUUCAAAAUUUUACGUUGUUCACAUUUUUA